AUGGCCCAAAAGGACACCCUCUUCCGCUCCGCGGGCAUGUCCCUGACGCAGCUCUACAUUUCGAACGAGAUCGGCCGCGAAGUCGUCUCCGCUCUAGGAGAAAUUGGUAUCGUGCAAUUCCGAGACCUCAACGCCGAAACCACGGCCUUCCAGCGCACGUUUACCAAAGAAAUCCGUCGUUUGGACAAUGUCGAGCGACAGCUGCGAUACUUCAAGGCCCAGAUGGAGAAGUCAAACAUUGCGAUGCGAAGCCGUUGGGAUUUCGAUCAGGAUAUACUUGCUGCGCCGCAGGCCAGUGAGAUUGACGAGCUGGCUGACCGGGCGGAGGCUUUGGAACACCGUAUUAGCAGCUUGAAUGAAAGUUAUGAGACCCUGAAGAAAAGGGAGGUCGAGUUGACCGAGUGGCGAUGGGUUCUUAAGGAGGCGGGCGGUUUCUUCGAUCGUGCUCACGGUCAGACCGAUGAUAUUCGACAGAGUGUUGAUGUUGACGACGAUGCUCCUCUCCUCCGCAACACCGAAGCUGAAGAGGGCAGAGUUAACGGCGAUGUCGGCCAGCAGCAGAGCCUUGCCGUCAUGAACAUCGGCUUUGUUGCGGGCGUCAUCCCUCGUGAGCGAAUGGCGGCUUUCGAACGUAUCCUGUGGAGAACGCUUCGUGGCAAUCUCUACAUGAACCAGUCUGAGAUUCCAGAACCCAUCAUCAAUCCCGAAAACAACGAGGAGACCCAGAAGAACGUUUUUGUCAUCUUUGCCCAUGGCAAGGAGAUUAUCGCGAAGAUUCGAAAGAUAUCGGAGUCGUUGGGGGCCGAUCUCUACAAUGUCGACGAGAACGGCGAUCUUCGCAGAGACCAGAUUCACGAGGUCAACACCCGUCUCAGUGACCUGGCCAGCGUUCUUCGGAACACCAAAAACACCUUGGACGCCGAGUUGUCUGCCAUCGCGCGAUCUCUCGUUGCGUGGAUGAUCGUCAUCAAGAAGGAGAAGGCCGUAUACAAUGCGUUGAACAUGUGUUCUUACGACCAGGCGAGAAAGACUUUGAUAGCAGAAGCAUGGUGCCCAACCAACUCUCUGGCCCAGAUCAGAGCUACCCUGCAGGAUGUCAACGAUCGCGCUGGACUCUCUGUGCCUACCAUCGUCAACCGGAUCAAGACCAACAAGACUCCGCCGACCUACAACAAGACGAACAAGUUCACCGAGGGCUUCCAAACCAUCAUCAACGCCUACGGUACUGCCAAGUAUCAAGAAGUUAACCCUGGGCUCUACACCAUUGUUACAUUUCCUUUCUUGUUUGCGGUGAUGUUUGGCGAUUUUGGUCAUGGAUGCUUGAUGGCCAUGGCUGCAGCUGCCAUGAUCUACUGGGAAAAGCCCCUGCAAAGAUCCAAGCAGGAUGAACUCUUCGCCAUGGCAUUCUACGGUCGAUACAUCAUGCUGAUGAUGGGGAUCUUCUCCAUGUAUACUGGUCUUGUUUACAACGACGUCUUUUCCAAAGCAUUUACCCCGUUCGCGUCCGCUUGGGAGUUCCCCGAAGAGGGUCGUCCCGAAGUCGUUGGUCAUCUGAAGAGCAGCUAUCGAUAUCCCUUCGGUCUGGACUGGGCCUGGCACGGAUCCGAAAACGAGUUACUCUUCAGCAACAGUUUGAAGAUGAAGUUGUCAAUUCUCAUGGGCUGGGCUCACAUGACUUAUGCCUUGUGUUUCUCGUACAUCAACGCCAGACACUUCAAGUCGCCCAUCGAUAUCUGGGGUAAUUUUGUCCCGGGCAUGAUUUUCUUCCAGAGUAUCUUUGGCUACCUGAGCUUCUGCAUCGUCUACAAAUGGUCCGUUGAUUGGCAAGCCCAAGGCAGAAGUCCUCCUUCCCUGCUCAACAUGUUGAUCCAGAUGUUCUUGUCACCUGGCGCGGUGGAGGAAGAUGAACGACUGUACGGUGGCCAAGCAGGACUCCAAGUCGUCUUGGUCUUGAUCGCUGUCGUCAACGUCCCGAUUUUACUCCUCUUGAAACCACUCUAUCUUCGCCAUCAGCAUCAAAAGAUUGCCGCGCGGGGGUAUCGCGGAAUUGGAGACACCACUCGCGUCACGCAUGCUACGGAUCUCGACGAUGACGAGACCAACCAUGACCAACAAAUGAAUGGGCGCCCUAGUGCCGAUGACGACGAUGAAGGUGCGAUGAUCACGGAGAACAUAGGAGAGGACGGCGAGCAUGAAGAGUUCGAAUUCUCCGAGGUCAUGAUCCAUCAAACGAUCCACACCAUCGAAUUCUGCCUCAACUGUGUUUCCCAUACCGCCUCUUAUCUGCGUCUCUGGGCUUUGUCGCUCGCUCACCAGCAACUUUCUGUCGUUCUAUGGAACAUGACGCUCGGCAACGCCUUCGCCAUGACUGGCGGCAUGCAAGUCGUCAUGAUCGUCGUGACCUUUUACUUCUGGUUCGUCCUGACUGUCGCGGUCCUGUGCGUCAUGGAAGGAACUAGCGCCAUGUUGCACAGUCUGCGAUUACAUUGGGUCGAGGCCAUGAGUAAGCAUUUCGUCGGCGAGGGCGUGCCGUUUGAGCCUUUUAGUUUUAAGUUGCUUUUGGAGGAGGAUCCGGUCGAUUGA